AUGACCUCUAGCAAAGAUCAACAGAGCGCUAUCCCCCCCCAGAGCAGAAGCUCAUGGGGCAGUUUCAUCAAGUCCAUCGCUUCCUUCAAUGGAGAUCUCUCGUCCAUGACCGCCCCCCCCUUUAUCCUCUCUUCCACCUCCCUGGUCGAAUAUUCCGCCUACUGGGCGGAGCAUCCGGCAUUGUUCGUGGCUCCUGCAAAGGAGCCAGACCCGGAAAGGAGGGCGCUGCUUGUGCUGAAAUGGUUCCUCAGCACGCUUCACCAGCAGUAUUGCACUCGCAGCGAGAAGUUGGGCAGUGAGAAGAAGCCUCUGAACCCUUUCCUGGGAGAGCUAUUUAUUGGGAAAUGGCCAGAAGAUGGCGAGACUGGAGAGACAACGCUGAUCAGUGAGCAAGUCAGUCAUCAUCCACCAGCUACUGCCUAUGCCAUCCAGAACGAAAAACAUGGAGUCGAAUUGCAAGGAUAUAAUGCCCAGAAAGCUUCAUUCUCGAGCACUAUCUAUAUAAAACAGAUCGGACACGCGCUUCUCUCUAUCACCCCGCCAUCCGCCGACAAAAAUGACCCCGCUCAGAAAGAAACGUAUCUGAUAACCCUUCCUAGCCUCCAUAUCGAGGGACUGAUCUACGGCUCGCCGUUCGUCGAACUGGAGAAGACAACGCGCAUCGUCAGCACCUCGGGCUACACUGCAAAGAUUGACUAUUCCGGCAAGGGCUGGUUAAGUGGCAAGAAGAAUACAUUCUCUGCCAUUUUAUACAAAGAGAGCGAAGGCGAGAAGAAGCCCCUGUACACAGCCGACGGACAGUGGUCAGAUACCUUUGUGAUCAAGAACACUCGGACAAAAGAGACAGAGACAUAUAUGGCCAAACACACGAAGACGACGCCGCUCAUGUUAGCCCCUCUCGAUGAGCAAGAUCUAUAUGAGAGUCGUCGGGCAUGGCGCGACGUAGCCGCUGCCAUUGAACGCGGCGACAUGGAUGCUGUGUCGGUGGCAAAAUCGAAGAUCGAAAAUGCUCAACGACAAUUACGCAAGACCGAGAAAGAGAAGGGCGAGGAGUGGGAGAGACGAUUCUUCAAGCGGAUAAACGAAGGGGAAGAUGAAGUUUUCAUGAAGCUUGCAAAGUCGCAGGGCUAUCUGACAGCUCUUGAAAGCGAUAAAUCAGGCGGCGUUUGGCGAUUCCAGCCUGAGCGAGCUGUGGGCGCCAAACCACCCUACCACAAAGUAGGGGGCGAGGGAUUGGGGCUCUCCCAGUGA